AAAUAUAUAGGGGGUCUAUAAGUUUUCUGGCAAUUGCCCUACUAAUAAUAAUGUAAGACAAAAUGUAGGCGCUCGAAAAGAAGUGAGAGAGGAGUUUACAGUGUGAAAAAAAAGAUGGCAGUGAGUGAAUGAAUGAAUUGAUUGGUUGCUGCAUUAACUCUCUUGCCAAACGCACUGAGAGCGAUAGGACUGUUACUGUUUCAUGGAGAUUUUCGAUUUAGUAUUGAGUACUAACGCACUGUACCCGUUGAAUUCAAAUCCAUAUUGAUUUAUCACUUUGUUAGUAUCCACGUUGGAGGAUCUCUCGCCUUCGAUCAACCCCCUCUGUGUCAUUUCUGUAGAUUUUCUCUUGUUCUUCUCGGAUUUGGCCGGAUCUUUGUAAAGUUUUAGUUUGCUCUCUAAGAAUAAAGUAUAUCAAGUUCAUUGACAUUGUGGUGGGAAAUCCAUUUGGUGGGUUUGAGAUUGUUUGGUUGUUCGUUUUGAUGAUGGAGCACCUUCCUGUUGAAGUCAUUGGCAAUAUUUUGUCUCGGCUUGGAGGUGCACGAGAUGUGGUGAUAGCCUCUGCAACAUGUAAGAAGUGGCGGGAGGCUUGCCGCAAACAUCUCCUCACACUCUCGUUCAAUUCCAGUGAUUGGCCUGUGUAUCAUGAUUUGACAACAAAUCGACUGGAAAUCCUGAUAACACAAACAAUAUUCCAGACCAGUGGAUUGCAAGGCCUAUCAAUUUUGAUGGAUGAUGUUGAUGAGUUCUCUGCGUCGACUGUUAUUGCAUGGCUCAUGUAUACUAGGGAAACAUUGCGCAGGUUAUAUUAUAAUGUCCGGACCACUCCGAAUGUUAAUAUUCUUGAAAUCUGUGGGAGACAAAAACUGGAAGUGUUGUCUUUGGCCCACAAUUCAAUCACAGGGGUGGAACCUAAUUUUCAGAGAUUUCCUUGUUUGAAAUCUCUCUCUUUGAGUCAUGUUGCUAUUUCAGCGAUGGAUUUGAGUCUUAUGCUCAUGGCAUGUCAGAAUAUUGAGACCUUGGAACUUGUCAAUCCAGAGAUUGCAAUGUCAGAUGCCCAAGUGAAAGUUGAACUGAGCAGUCUGACACUGAAGAAUUUUUAUGUUGAAGCAAUUAGUUUGGACAAGUUUAUAUUGGAGGCUGAUAGUAUUGAGCGUUUGCACUUGAAAGAUUGUGCUCUUGAACUUUUUGAACUCAUUGGCAAGGGGACUUUAAAGCAUUUCAAGAUUGAUGAUGUCAGCGUUAUACAUAUUGAUAUUGGUGAGACUGUUGAUAAUCUUGAGAUUGUAGAUAUCAGCAACUUCACAAUUUUUUGGCCAAAAUUCUACCAGAUGAUCUCAAGAUCAUCAAAAUUGAAGAAGCUUCGUCUUUGGGAUGUUGUAUUUGAUGAGGACGAAAUUGUAGAUUUGGAAACAAUUGCUGUUUGUUUUCCACAGCUGACCCAUCUUUCGUUGAGUUAUGACUUGAGAGAUGGAGUUAUUCACUAUGGCCUGCAAGGGUCUUCUAAUUUUGAGAAUGUGGUUGUAUUGGAGCUUGGAUGGAUUGUCAUUAAUGAUCUCUUCUCACAUUGGGUUGAGGGGCUUUUAAAACGAUGCCCAAAUCUUAAAAGGAUUGUCAUUUUUGGUGUUGUUUCAGAGAUAAAAACCCAUGAAGAAUGUCUGUUGUUGGGCACUUUCACUUCAUCAAUUGUUCAGCUCAUGAGGAAAUAUUUGCAUGUAGAGGUGCAGUUUGAGUAUGAGUGAAAGCUCACUAAAUUGCUUUGGUAAAAAAUUCAAGUUUGUUAUAUAAUUAUGAAUUGUAUGAUCACAUGUGCAGGUAAGUAGCCUGAGCAUCCUUUUUGUCUGUCCAUAAAUGAUAG